AUGCAACAACGUCCUAUUCAGGCGAAACCGAAAAUAUCGGGAAGGACGGCCAAAGCGCCACCGAAAUCAUAUCCGGAAUCUGUCGAUGUCGCCGUGUCAAAACGUGCUUCCGAGCAGACUGUGUCUAUACAAAAUUUGCAUUUCCCAACAACAUGUGCAUCGAAAGGCGUUUUCGUAGUGCAUCAACAGAACGAAGCAUUUGUAAAAAAGACGAGUUCAAAGUCAGAUCGUGGGCGAAAAAGCCAUGCUAUUGAUUUUUCUACAUCGACUAAUUCGCAUUUUGGCAGUAUGGUCUUUCCCGUACCGAAAAAAUUUCGGGCCAAAUGUUCUACCUCUUCGUCGAUAAAAGACGCCGAUGAUAGAUCUGAGAUUGCAACCACCCCGCGUUGCUCGACUACUGAGACCACCCGCAACAAAAUGACCUCCGAAGCCAUGGUCGAUACCCAACACAAAAGUUCGCGCAAACAGAAAGAUUUUCAUGGUCCCGAGUGGAAGCGUCCUUGUAAAGAAAGCUUUGUAGCUGGAGCACCUCGGAAGUUUAUCGGUACAUGUCCUCAGAACUAUGAGUUUCUUUCUAAGAUGUCAUUGUCGAAACAAAAAUUUUUUUUGACUCAAGAUCCACGUAAGGUUCAUUGCUUGGUCAAUCCAGCAGUCUUGCGUACUAAAGCGUAUUCAGCAAAGAAAGAAUUCGAUGCCCUCACCAAAAUGGUUAAACAUGCCCAAAAUGUCUGCGUUGCACCAGCUUCUGAAUCUUCCGAAUCUUUUGUAUGCGAUGUGAUCGAUUUAGAAAACCCCUUGAAUUUGGACUUCCAGGGCUUAGACUAUAAGAAUACCUAUCAGACAGAUGAGCAAGACCUGCAAAAUCAAAGAAACUAUCGGCGCUUAUGUCGACAUUUAGAACGUAAACGAGUAAAGGAGGAAACAGCAGAGCGGGUGGAGCAUGAAUUGCAUCAGACACGGGUAGAAAUCCCUCCCCGAUAUGAUGUACGUGAUCGAAAUGUGCUCUCACCACCUCCGGUCGUUGAAGAGCCUUUCAAGUUAGCAAAACUAUUUCGAGCUGGCGAUAAGCCUUACAAUAAAAUGCUGACAAGACAAGAAAGGGAGCGGCGGAGUGAACGUUAUAAGAAUUUGUAUUUGAAGAAUAUGCAAAGAAAGUUGGAGAAUAAAGAAGAAGACGAGCAUAUAAAAAUACGAAAAGAAGAAGAUCAUGGCAUGAUAUUGGCAAAAGCGAACUUUCAUAAAUUCAAGGAUGAAAUCGAAAAUACGAUUGAACGUAGUUUUAAAAAAGAAAUGCUGCUGAAAAAGCCAGAGGUACAACGACGCAUGUUUCCACAUACAAUAAGAGAAGCGAAGAUUUUUAAACGCGAUCUUAAAGCACGUGAUCGCAUGCGACGAGACGAAGCCCGUGUCAAGCGGGAUUUUUAUACGGAGCGCUUAGGCAAGCCAAAAAAUUAUCCGGAGGCUGAUUUGGAAAUUAGUAGUGACAGUCCACUUGGUUCAGGCUCUACACUCACUGAGCAAUCAUCGGAUGACGAAGAUGAUAUGGUUGUUGGAAAGGAUGGUAAUGUUUUUAAAUUGCGCGGUUUUCAUUUUAAAUUGGGAGAUACGAUAAGGGGUAAAUUUCAUCAGCGCGAAAAGCAACAGGGCAUCCGCAAAGAGAAAGGCUGUAUUACGCGUGAAGAAUGGUUACAGGAAUUGGUUCCGAAGAAGGAAAAGGUUAAAGUGGAUGUUGAUGUGGGUGUACAAAAAGUAAGAAGCCCGGAUGAUCCCAACUUGGAUAUUUUCCCGCCGAAAUACGGUAUGAAAGUGCCCGUAGUCGAGCGCAGCGCUGUCAAGGAAUUUCGCAAGAAACCCUUGGGACGGCACUACGAUCGUAUACAGCCCAAGAGUUUGAAAUUUGUGAAACCGCGGUUACGUUACCGAGUAAAAAAGUUUAAUUUGAUUAGUUAUCGUUUUGGUGAUACGGCCAGAAGAUUGGCGCAAAUUAAAGAACCUUCAACAGAUGGGGAUACCCGGCAAAUGACUUUAAAAACAACCGCUGAAUACAUACAAGCGAAGGCCGAGAUGAGAAGACGGCGUCAACUGGAUAUUAAGGACAAGCGAUUGCAGCUUUUGGGCAUUCCUUGCAAGUUUGUGAAGAAAUCAAGUCUGCAAACGAAAUGCGAAAAUUCGGAAAGCAGCUCUGAUUCGGAAUGGAUACCCGAACCUGAGCCUGAUUAUGAUGCUGAAAUGGACGAACAGCAGCGCAAAGCUGAAAGAGAAAAACUGCUUGCUCAGGUAAGACCAACAAGAUUGCGAACCAAUAUGCCAGCACCAAAAUACCGUGAACCCACACUUAGACAGCAUCCCAGACUUAGGCGAGAUUAUGAAAACUUACGAGUACCUUCGGAACUUUUUGAAGAAGCCGUUCAAAAAACCAAUAUUCCACAUAUGUUCCGACUACCAGAAGAUCAAAUCGAUUAUGCUAACGUUCAUAUAAAUAAACGGCCAUUCACUGAUCUAUUUAAUGCUCGUCACCAUCAUGACCAUUGGGAUCCCACACAGAUUAAGCAUGUAGACGUUCAUUACAAACCGAAAUUGGUGACAGCUGAAAUUACAAAAAAUGAAGAGAAAACUGAUAACGUCAUCGUGGAAAAUUUUGAUAUUGCGAAUCCACCUUGCAACGCAUAUGUCGAUAUGGACUUGACUUUGCCAAAAUGGAGUACAACUCGUUUAAUUGCUGAACAUACCCGGAGUUCUAAAAAAAAGACCGAUGAUCUGGACCAUGUCAAAUACAAAGACGUAUGUGAGAUAAAAGACAAAGUAUUCCGGAGUCGUGAUCCCCAACAACUAAAGAAUUUGGAUUACCCGGGAAGACAGGAGUAUUUGCAAUUUUUACACGAUAUCAAAACAGUUAUACAAGAUAAUAAAAAAUCAGAGGAAGCUGGCGAGGGUAUAUUUGUGGAUAGGGAAGCUCUGAUGCGUGAAUUGGAAGAAGACCUACAAAGUAUCGAGACUUGUUUGACAUCAUUAAGCAGUUCAGAAUGUACGAAUUUCACCAACGAUAGCGGCAGUUUUCUGCUUAUGGAUGGCAAAGAGAAAAUACCUUUGGAUUAUAUACGCAAAUCGUUAGUUCCAUUUGAAGAACUGCAUCGUUCGCGGUUUAAAGCAGAACCCAUUGAUGUGGAUAAAGAAGAUAACAAUCCGUGGAUGGUUAUGCCAUUUUCAGGUCAAAGAAAAGCUCAGACGGAGCUAAUGUCACCGAAAGACAGCUUCUUUACAUUCAAUACACGACUUAAGAAUGGCAUACGUCUGAGCUUGGAGGUUCCUGUUGAAGACGUGCGUGAGAAACUGAUUGGUCGUGGUCGCAAUAAAUACAAGGGUGUUGUAACCACCGAUAUCGAUGAAAACUAUGUGGAGGAACUGAGGAAGCCCCCGCCUGUUAAAACGUACAAUUUUAAGUCGGGUCGUACUUUUAUUAAAGACGCACUUCGUCUCAGGUUUGAGUCCAUGCUAAUACAAGGCCAAAUAGUACGAAAUAAGAUCUAUGAUCGUCUAAAUGAACAACAUUGGUCCGAUAUGCAAACAGUGAACACACUUUACAAAAAACUUUUUGCCAAAUGGGAGAAACGCGAAUACGAAGCCUCAAUGGCAGUAGUUUACAAGGUGAAAACUUAUUACGAUCGAACAGAUCGUUUAAAAGCUGAAUUUCGGGAGCUGGAACGUCAAUCCGUAAUCCUCAACAUGGACAUUGUGUUUAUCGAGGGCCAUUGGAUCAGCUGCAUUAUGCUACAAAACUUUCAUUAUCUGAUGGCUGACCAAGAGUGGCGUUUAGAACAUGAUUGGAUACAUAUUAAAAAGAAUGAGAACGGCGAAUGGCUAGAAUUAGAAAAUUUCGAAGAAUCGAUCAGUAAACGUGGUGCAGCCAAUAUAAGAGUACGUGAAAAAGACGAUGCUUGGGCUAUUAAAACUUUCUACGAAAAUGUAUACUUGGAGAAUAAACAUCCAAAUUUGAUUGUAUUUCCAAAUGCUGACAGCUUUCUUCAAGGCAUUGAACAUUUGAAGGUCAAAACAUUUGUUCUGCUUUUAGAAAUGCAUUUUACAUUGGCCAUACAUACAGAAUUGCAGCAUCGUCUGGAAAAGUUCCAGGAGUGGUGCGUAGAAGAUUUAAAAGGAAAACAGGAGUAUGUUGAGCGUAAAUGUGCCAAAUUGUACUUCAUGGAAGAUCGUGCUACUUGGCUGCGAACCCGCACUAUGGACUUUUUAGGUGAACCAAUUGAGCUUUGUUUCAAUAAUGAGGGUUCGAACAAGGACCGAUCUGUUAUAUGGGAGGUUUGGCGUGAAGUAGUGCCAGCCAAUAUGAGAGGAUCCAGUGAACAGGAAUUACAGCCAAUUGAUAUGGUGGCUAUGAUAUCCGAUGUUGUUAUUGAAUUAAUAGCCAAAUUCGAAAACAUCCCAAUGGGUGUAAGCCGUAAAAUUGAACACAGCUUGCGUGCUAAUCGAGCUUAUCGUGAGAAACUGUCCUAUCAGGCCUACCACAUUGAGCGACGCAUAGAGUCACAGAUGAAGAACGUUGUCAAGAAUUUACAGCCACCAUAUAAAAAACCGAAACGGACUGGCAAAUUACCACGCUACAUUGUUAAAAAGCGGCACAAAGUUGUUGAAGCCCCCAAGCCUAAAAUAUCCGAGCGUACCAAAUUUUUCUUCCGCGCAUUCCAUGAAGAAAAUGAAAUCAUGCAAAUCACUGAUGUACGCGAAAGUAUCGCUCGUGUUGACAACAUACAACAACAAAUCGUGCCAUUCUAUUUUGAUCAUUUUCUUAAACUAAAUGGUUAUACUCCUAAUUACAACUUUACGACACAAGUUGAACUCCGUGAUGGUCCUGAAGCCGAUCGUUUAGCAAUGGGUGCACUUAUACCAGACGUGAUGAUAAAACUAGAACAGUGGGAGAAAAAGAAAAAAGCUACUAUGGAAGAACAUAUCGCUGGCAACCUGAAAAUGUACGUUGACGUUAUAUAA